AUUGUUUGGUUGGUGAGAGAAGAGGAGGGAAAAGAUAAAUAACUAAGAUGGAGAAGAGGGAGUGGAAGGUAUGCGUCACCGGCGGUGGCAGCUUCAUUGGUUCUUACCUCGUUAACAAGCUUCUCCAAAAGGGCUACAUAGUCCAUGCAACCCUUAGAAGCUUAAAGGACGCAAAGACAGGCAUUCUGAGAGGGUUUCCAGAGGCAAAAGAAAAGCUGGUGCUAUUUGAGGCAGAUUUGUACAGUCCACAUCAAUUUGAGGCUGCAAUUCAAGGCUGUGACUUUGAAUUAUAUGAAAAUACGCAAUAUUAAGUAAAUAUCUCUGUCCUUUUCUAUUUGUAUGUAUUCUUCAUCUUUGAUUAUACUAAGUGGUAGUUCUUUCGUUUGAUUCAUGUUUUCUGGAACGUCGUCUAUGUGCUAGCCACUUGAAGCCGAUUGAGAUAUUAUCAAUUUAAUAUCGGAUGUCCCCGAAGGAACCAAAUAAUUUAAUUCAUUCGGUUCACGCUUUCUUAUAGAAAUUACAAAAAUACUAUUUUUCAUUUUGUUUGUUAUAUAUACCUUUCAUGGUCUUGCAAUUUUGUUUAGUAGUAGUGUCUGUCUAGGAGCUAUAGAUUGAAAAUUAAAAUUUAUUAUUCUUUAUCAUUAAUUAAUUAUUAAUAUUUAAAAGUAUAAGAUAAAAUAUGUGGUUGAAUUAUUAGUAAUAAAUUCUGAUGGUCUAGCAUUUCUCUUUACAUGAUAUAGAAGGAUUAUAAAUAUUAGAAAACUUUGUAAUCACAAAGUACCAUUAGUCCAUUACCAUUGGCGAUUUCUCUAUGUAUGCACUUGUAUACGUAUUCGUGAGUUAAAGAGACAAAGACGAAGAUGGAGAGAAGAGGAAGAAGAUGCAAGGUUUGCGUAACAGGAGCCACUGGUUACGUUGGUUCUUACCUGGUGAAGAAGCUCCUAGAGAAGGGUUACACCGUGCACGCCACUCUCAGAGAUAUCAAGAAUGAAUCCAAGGUGGGGAUUCUCAAGAACAUUCCAGAUUCCCAAGGGAAACUUUUCUUGUUCGAAGCUGAUAUUUACAACCCCGCUGACUUUGACCCUGCCAUUCAGGGAUGCGAGUUCGUCUUCCACGUGGCUACUCCCCUCAACCAUGAACCCGGUUCUUCUCAGUACAAGAACACGGUUGAAGCAGCACUUGCAGGCUCCAAAACCAUCUUCAUGUCUUGUCUCAGAUCAGGGACUGUGAAGCGCUUAAUCUACACAGCUUCUGUUCUCUCUUCUUCUCCCUUGAAGGAAGAUGGAACUGCUUUCAAGGAUUUCGUCGACGAAACUUGCUGGACCCCUCUCAAUGAUUCUUUAUCAUAUGUCUACCAUGACGAUCAUCAUAAGGACUACACUUAUUCAAAGACACUAACAGAGAAAGAAAUGUUGAGCUACAAUAACAAUGAAAACGGUUGUGGUGGAUUAGAGGUGGUAACAAUUCCAUGUGGUCUUAUUGGUGGGGACACCAUUCAAUCCUUUGCAUCUGGUAGCAUUGCAGUUUGUCUUUCACUGAUCACAGGAAAUUCAGAGACCUACAAAUCACUCAAAUUUUUAGAAUCAUUGCUGGGGAAAGUCCCUUUAGUGCAUAUUGAUGAUGUAUGUGAAGCUCACAUCUUCUGCAUGGAAAAUUCCUCAAUGAAGGGAAGAUUCUUGUGUGCAAGUUCCUAUGUUUCAAUAGCAGAGAUUGCUGGUUAUUACAUUCAACAUUAUCCUGAAUUCAAUGUCAAGCAAGAAUACGUGGAGGGGAAGAAGGUGGAUGUAAAAUGGGGUUCAACAAAGCUGUGUGAGAAGGGAUUCGUCUACAAAUAUGACACCAAAAAGAUAUUGGAUGAUACCAUUGAAUGUGCUAGAAGGAUUGGUUAUCUCUAAACCUAUCUUUGAUUUGGUACACACGUUCUAUUUUGCUGCAAACAAAAACAGAGUUAUUAUUUUGGUCCCGGAAAGGAAAUCAUGUUGGCCAAUGAACUUAUUUGGAUUAAAGGGCAAACGAUAAUGGAGGGAUUAUAUUGGGAGUGCGUGGUGAACUCAUUCUCGUACCAUAUACAUAUGGUGAAAAACAUCUGCAUCAAGGUGUUGAGGUUGUGUGAUGUGUCAGUUCUAUGGGGUUUUGCUGCGCUCACAGAUAUCACUAGUUGAAAAACUUAUGUCUACGGAUAAUCAUGAUGAGUAAUCCCUAAUAAAUGUGCAUUCAUUACUGUGCUUUAUAGUUUAUACAGUAAA